AUGAGCUCAAAAGGGAACAGCAUGUGGGAUAAGCAAAAGAACGACUCUGUGAGACAACAGAAUAGAAUUAUUACGUGGCUCAGAUCGACUAAGGAGCCAGCGCUUCUACAAACCCGAGCCAGUCUGCUCAUAAACGCCCGUUUCAACAGUUCUUCUGUAAACAACUUGAAAACCAUUUACAUUGGUGUACCGCGCUGGGAUGGGGCAACGUAA